UACACUUGACACGACACACUCUAAAAGCAUGAUAGAUAACUCAUUUUGUCAUCAUCGGUGAUCGUCAUCAUAUAAUCUAAGAAGUUUAAUUUUUCAUUCUAAAAUGCGGGUAUUAUUUACGGUGAAUAAGUUUUCACAAUGAUUAGCGCUACAACACUAUUCUCCAAAACAAAAAAUGGCAAUCCUAUUAUAUCAUCACAAAAGCGCAAUGUGUUUUGUGUCUGAUCAAAUAUAGAUCUCUGUCAUUACUAAAGCUAUUCUAUAUGGGGUUAUUCAUUUCGGAAUUAUAUUUUUAUUUUUUUUUUAUUUUCGCAUGCUAAAGAGAGAGGUCAAUUAAGUGUUUUUUUACUGUUAUAUUUUUUUCUAGUUGAAAAAUAAUUAAAAAAUUCCCAUAGCCUCAGUCAUUUUUUUAUUUCCGUGGGGUUGAGAGCUUUAAUAAAUUUACUUCGAAAAUGUUGGUACUUUUGUUAUCCGCCUUAACAAUAAUUUCAGUAUCGAACUGUCAAAUUAAUUCCGUGGUCGAAUUAAAAAUAAACGACACAUAUUGUUCCAAGACAUUAUGCCAUGGAAUGAAUUUCUCAUCUACACAAGUGGUCGUAUCUUUUCAACGACAUAACAGUAAUCCACAAACAUCAAUACUUUUCGAGAAUUCAACCUUUUCAAAUUUCCCACUAAAUUUAUUUUUGACUUUUCCAAAUUUAACGGAAUUGGAUAUGAGAAAUUGUUCAAUGAAUCAUGUAACUUGGGAAAAUUUUCUUUGGGCCGUGAAUUUAAAAGUGCUAUUUCUUUCAAAUAACUUGUUAUCAAAGAUCGAUGAGCUGGUGUUCUGUUAUGCUCUGAACUUGCAGUUUUUGUGGAUAGAAAAUAACCGAAUUCGCAGUUUAGUUAGUGAAAGUUUUAAGGGGCUAACACAGCUCAAGUACUUAUCUUUAUUAGGUAACCGAAUUACGUAUCUACCCGAUGGCUUGUUUGACGACCUACGAAGUCUGGAAGUUGUGAUAUUGACCGAAAACAGAAUUAGCAGUAUUCAAGAUAAUUUGUUUACCAAAAGCCCUAAUCUUAUGUCAAUUGAUUUAAAGGAAAACCGUAUUCAUAAUAUAUCCGAUGAUGCCUUCAAAGGACUGGAACACAUCAUGAAAUUGGACAUAUCACAAAAUAAACUUCUCAGAAGUUUGAUUUUAAACGUAGAUGCAUCUCACUUUUACGUUAACUCAUGUUCAUUGCGCCAGGUGAACAUAUAUGGCCGCGUUAACUUUGCUCAGAUGAACUCAAACCGAAUUCUCGAAUUGUAUUUCUCUCAACCAGAAUCAUUACUAAGAUUAGAUUUGAGGAAUAAUUCCCUACAACAGAUAGCCUCGCUGACGCAUGCCGAAAAUCUCAAAAUUCUUAAUCUAUCCGAUAAUCCUAAGCUCGAAUCGGUUCCUGAUCCUUGGGGCGUGAUUUCCUUAGAAAAGCUUGACUUAAGUAAUACAGGAUUGAAAGAGUUUCCUCAAUCGAUACUUGGACAAAAAGAAACACCAUCGCAGGUCUAUUUUUUGAAUAUAUCGAGCAAUUCAAUCAAACAAAUUGAUCCGAAGAUAUUCAGUCGUUUGGAAAAUAUUACUAAUUUUUACUUUCACGCGAAUACCUGGAACUGUUUUUAUCUUCAAUUAAUGAUGGAUCUUUUGAUAAAUCCCAGACAAAUGGCUUACAGUAGAGAUGCGUUCAAUUCAUUGUUCGCUGGAGAAUAUAUCGGAGGAAUUGAGUGCAUGUAUCGUUCCGUAGAAGACGAGAAUGACAAUAUUGCUCUAAUAAAGAAGACAUUUUCAAGUUCUUCGGAAGUUGAUGAACUCCGAAGUGAAUUAAAGACGAUAGUUCAAUUUUAUGAAGAAAAAUUUGCUAAAGUAAUGGAAACCUUAGAAAAUGUGAAGAUUAAGCUUGAUACAUUGACCAUGGAAAAUGCUACUAUUUGGCAGCAUAUUACAUUGACAACUUAAAUUUUUCACUUUAAUAAGCAAACUGGUCACCGAUUAGAUUAUGAAUACUUAAUGAUUUUCUAUCAAUAAUGUCUUUUGUCUAUAAGCAAUAAAAAAUGAUUUUUAAUAGUUGCA